GAAAGUGCCUCUCUCUCUCUCUCUCCUCUUUGUCUCUCUCCCUCCUUUCUCUCUCUCUCUCUCUUCUGUGAGGAAGAUACAGAGUGAAGAUAGUUCUUUCUACAAAACAGUAAGAAAUCUCUCUCUCUCUCUCUCUCUUCUGUAAAAGGAAUCCAUGCAUUGCUUCUUCAUCACUCUUUCUUAACGCUUAAAAUCUCUUUCUAAUGUCACCUCCACUUGCAAACCAGAAAGAGUCAAAGUCCUCUUCUAUGGCGGCAUUUUCGCUCUGAUAUUUUCUCGAGAAUCUGACAAGUAGCGAGUUUUAGAAAAAGAGAAUCAAAAAUGGAGAAUUUAUCAGCAACAAGAGCCAUAAAGAAACCUUCCAUCAGUAUUUCUCUCUUCGCCACUCUCUCGGAGUCCUUCUCCUUCGAUACGAAGCCCUCGCCAUCAUCCGUAGCCAAGUCGUCUCCGAGAAACUUCCGAGGCGACGGCGGUGGCGUCGUCGGCCUCGGCAUCGUCGCCGCCAUGACCGGUUCCUCCUCUUCCCACGAAGCUUUCGCCUCUGCUAACCCGUAUAUCGCGGUUUCGCCCAAAUCGAGCCCGAUCCCCAUCGUUUCGUCGGCGAAAGCCGCCGCGAAUUUCAGAGGUGGCCGGAAUUACGGGGAUUUGGACCCCGACGAUGAAGAGGAGGUCGUCGACGAGUCGUCGGAGAGCUACACUUGCGUGAUUUCGCACCACGGCAACAAUUUGGUCACGAAACGCGUGUAUUUUGGCGACAAUAAGGUCGAUAAUGGCGGUUGUGAUGAUGCUUGUGUGGUGACUUGCUCUCGAGGAGUGUUCUCCGCUUCGCCGACCAAUAUCGGAGAACUGGAGACGGAGUUUUGGACCUCAGACUUCUUGAAUUCUUGCUUUCUUUGCAAGAAACAGCUUCACGGACUAGACAUUUUCAUGUACAGAGGAGAAAAGGCAUUUUGCAGUUGUGAUUGCCGUGACAGACACAUCAGAAGUGAAGAUUAUAAAGAGAAGUGCAGGUCUGAAGCAAUGAAACCUCUUGAUUAUCCUGCGUCUCCUUGCUCUAGUCCACAAGUCUUUUUAGCAGGGGUUGCCGCAGCUUAACUAUCUUAAAAAAAGGAAAAAAAAAAUACUUAAAAAAAUAGCAGCAAUAAAUAAAAAGGAUGCAAAAGGUAUCCAAAUAACCUGUUUGUUACACCGGCAUAUAGAUUUAUAAAAGUGGCAUAUAAAACUGAGAGAAGAGUAUUCGAGUACGAUGAGUCUCUAUUCUAAGAUUCUUAUGAGAAAUUUAAAUGAGAAGAUUAUGAACUUCCGUGAACCAAAUCAGGGAGAGAUACAUAUAUAUAGCGAUCCCCAACGGAAUUUAAUGGUCAUAAAUUUUAUAAUGACUAUGUCAAUGUGCAAUUUAUGCUACUUUGAUGCAAGAAUUUUUAAGCUUUUUUGUGCUUGUCAUUGGUCUUAUUUUAAACAUGAUUUCCCUAUAAAUGAAAAGUUGGAGACUCUUGAGUCUUGA